UUUUAUAUAUAACAUAAACACAGUGAUAAGUUAUUUCGCAUUUAAUUUGUGAUUUAAAACUUUACUUCAUUUCAGAUAAUUCUCACCAUGUCGCUUGCAUCAGAUGCGGAUACAUUUUUAUUUGAGGACAACAUCACUAUGUGGUCGUCAUUUGCACCAGACGACAACUACACCACUAGUGUAACCAGUAUGAACGGUACGACAACAUCAAAUCCAGGGAACGCUGGUGGUGGAGGCGCCGUGAGAUACUUUCCAUGGGACAACCCGCAAAAUAUCAUGACAAAGGAGAUGUCUGAUGAUAUUACGUCAACAUUACAGUGCUACGUGUUUCCGGUGGUAACAAUUGUUGGCAUCAUCGGAUGCCUUCUCAGCUUGAUUGUCUUGCUUCAAAAAAAGCUCCGGAAUUCCACAACAACCAUUGUUUUGGUCGGAUUGGCUUUCUCUGAUAUGCUAUUUUUGGUAACAAAUUUUAUACGAAAGUCCACGUGUAUCAUUCGACAGUAUGACGAACUUUUGGCAGACGAGAUCAACGCUACAACGUUCUACUACAUGUUUUACAUGAAAACAGCAUUUAGUCGUGUUUCUACACUCCUCGUGGUCUUGAUAUCAGUUGAACGUCUGAUUGCGGUGGCGUUUCCUCUGAAAGUGAAGCAGAUUGUUACCAAACAGAGAAUGAUGGCCGCUGUCGUGUUCUUGUAUGUACUCGUAUUUGGGUCAUUAGCUGGUUUGCCGCCUCAGUAUACCUACACAUAUAUACGCGGAAAGCCGUACAUCUCCCAAACCAAAUUUGCUACUGAAAAUGCCGAACCGUUGAAAAUCUAUAACGAGUACUUUCUGCCAAUUGCCUUUCGCUACAUCCCCGUUCUGAUUGUACUCACGUUAAACAUCACUAUUAUCACGAUUCUUAGUCAGAGCCAACGGUUUCAGAAGAAUGUCAGUUCUCAGGAUCCUAAACGCCGAGAAGAACAAAGAAAGAUAACCCGCAUGCUCCUGUCUGUUGCAAUUAUCUUUCUUAUCUGUCUGCUACCAGGGGAUUUGCUUCUUCUGAUAUCAUCAAUCGUGGACGGGUUUGAAUUUUUCGGCACUUAUCACAAUCUUUUCCUCGUAUUGAGUGACAUCUGCCUACUGUUUGAAAUGGUCAAUUCAUCGGUCAACUUUAUCACCUACAUGGUGCUCAAUCGAAACUUCUUCGAUACAUACGUGAGUUUGUUCUGUGGCUGCCUACGCACAAUUCGCGCUGGCAAGAUGACGUCGUCGGGAACCCAAAAGCCGUCACGCAACACCAAGGAAUCGUAUUUUGCAGACACCACAAAAGCAGGGAUGAAAGAGUUUGGUGUAGACAGCGGUAUUGAGGACAAGUCACGAUCUGACAUUGAAGCUUCGGUUGUUUCCGCCGAAGGACAUGUUAACCAGGCCUAUGUCGUCAAUGAAGGAACUUAAUUGGCAGUAAUGUUCAUGGGGAGAGUAUUGCUGCAUAUUUCAAGUCUAUAGAAGACGAACAUUUCUUAAAGAUAUAUCGAGGGGAUCAUUUUUUAAUUGAAUCCCGCCAACUGAAUUCCUUUACAAUUAUUUACCUUGGCCGUCCGUGGCCGAAUGAUUAAGGUCGUUGACUUCAAAGCUCUUGCCCCUCACCGCUGUAGGUUCAAGCCGCGGCAAAGGUCUUAUGAUUUUUUUUUUCAUGUAAGAAAGCUAUCCAGCAAUAUCUUACGGAAUGUAGGUGAUUUUACUCAGGCGCCCGUUUGUACCUGACUAAGGUUUUCCUCAACCAGUGAACUUGGAAAGUCACUUUUCUGAUUUGGUGCGAGGUAAAACACCACCGAAAGUCUUUAAAUAAAUACAAAAUGUAUAUAUAAAACAUGUUUUAUAUGUGUCGAGAACCAAAUAGUCUAAAAUUUUCGGUACAUUUUCAAGCGUUUGUAAUGUUAACAUGUGUGAAAUGAAAUGAUGUUAGUUUUUCAUUUGUUUUUUUUUUUUGUAGUUUUUUCUUUGUGCGUUUCGUAUUUAAUACAAAUUUAAACGAGAUUUACUGUAGAGCUAAACAGUGUACUUAUCUAAUUUUUGCUGUAUGUAAACCUUUUCAUGUGUGCUCAUAUAUUGUAAAGUUUUUGAACUUAUCAAACCUUAUUUAUUUAGUAUAAGUUAUUUAUUGUUGCCAAUAUAUUGUUAACAAAGUU